UUUUAUAUGUACUUUUAAAAUAAUGAAAUUAACUAUGUUAAAGCAGAAUGAUUUGCAUGAACAUGUUGAAAUGUAAUACAGGAAUUUCUAUUUUAAAAAGUUAUUUAUUCAAUGGAAAUAGAAAAGGCUGACUUUCCCUAAGGAAGGAAAAUAAGACAUUUAGAGCCACUCAGGUUGGCUUGAGACAAUUGAAAUUUGUGAUGUUAGAAAAAUUUGUCAUUGUUUUAUAAAAUAGUUUUAAACAGAAAUUAUUCACUUUAGAGAUGGCUAUUGAGAAUUGAGUUGAAAAGUAAGGUAAGGCUUCAAAAUCUGGUCAGAUUAAUUUAAAUAAUAUAAUAGAAUUUUGUUCUUUUUCCCACCUUUUCUCUCACAAGCCUGCAGUCAUCUUAGGGCUCAGCUGAGGAAGGAUCCAUUUGCAAGCUCACUCAUGUGGUUGUCAGCAGACCUUAGAACACCUCCUUCCAAGUUAACUCACAUGUCUGUUUUCAGGCCUCAGGCAUCUGGCUGUUGGCCAGAGACAUCAGUUUAUUGCUAUGUGGGCUUCUCUUUUCUAUAGGCUCAGAACAUGACAGCUUGUUUGCCCCAGAGCAAGAUAUCUGGACAGUGAGAGAAAGGCCCGCCUUGGACUCCCAAAGUGCUGGGAUUACAGGCUUGAGCCACCGUGCCCGACCUCUUAAUGACAUCUUUUAUAUUAGCUUAUACCAUUAGGAUAAAAUAUUUGCAUUAUUGCUCCUUGAUCUGUUUUAUCACUAUAAACAUAUAAGACCUUUGUGCUGUGUACUUACUGCAGUGACUAGGAGUCUAGUAAACUAGAAAAGUUCCCUAGAUGACCCUUUUCUGAUAUUUACUCCAAUUAGAAAUGGAGGUCUGUGUAGUACCCCUGUUUGAAUGGGUCAUUUAAAAGUGAAUGGAUUUAUUACUGUUAUACUUAACUCAAAUUUAUAGAAAAAUGCAUGCAUUUACCCAAGGCAAUUUGUAUCUUAAAUCUAAGUAAGAAUCUGUCACAGAUCUUGACAGUCUUGACAGGUGUGUUGUCAACCUAACAAAUAUAAAUAUGACCUCAUAACAGGAUUGAAAUAUAAGAUUUUCAUUAGAAUUACAUUUUGAAUUUGAUUGUGUAGAAUGAUUUUACAGACCAUUUUAUCCCAUUUAUUUUUUGUUUGUUUUGUUUUCUUUCAUUUAUUCAGUGGUGAGUUAGUUACCAGACUAUUCUUAAAGGAAAAACUAUACACUUUCUUUGUUUCCAUAGAAUGAAGAAUCAUGAAAUCAUAAGUUUCUUGAAGGAAGGAGAGAAGAAAAAGCUGGAUCACUUACCAGUAACUGGAGUUCUCCUAUUGGGUAAUCUCCACAGAUCCACAUUGUUUGAAGUUAUUGUGAGUGCCUCGAGGACCAAGGAACCGUUGAAAUUUCCAAUUUCAGGAAGGAAACCUCGGCCUGUCUCCCAGUUGGUUGCACAGCAGGUUACUCAGCAGUUUGUGCCUCCUACACAGUCAAAGAAAGAGAAAAAAGAUAAAGUAGAAAAAGAAAAAAGUGAAAAGGAAACAACUAGCAAAAAGAAUAGCCAUAAGAAAACCAGGCCAAGAUUGAAAAAUGUGGAUCGGAGUAGUGCUCAGCAUUUGGAAGUUACCGUUGGAGAUCUGACAGUCAUUAUUACAGACUUUAAGGAGAAAACAAAGUCACCGCCUGCAUCUAGUGCUGCUUCUGCAGAUCAACACAGUCAAAGUGGCUCUAGCUCUGAUAACACAGAGAGAGGAAUGUCCAGGUCAUCUUCACCCAGAGGAGAAGCCUCAUCAUUGAAUGGAGAAUCUCAUUAAAGUUUAUUUUCUCCAAUUUCUUAGUCACUUCUGUCCUACCAUGCAAAUACACAGAUUAUGCCAAGAGGUACCACAUUUUCAUGACAAAUACAUUCAUGCACAAUCCAUAAUUUGAGUUUUACAUAAAAUAGAAAUUUGUUAGAAUUUGUUAGAUUUUAUUGCAACUAUGCCUACCAAACAUUUCCAGACUUAACAUUUUGGUCUCUGCAGUUAAGUGCCAUGAAAAUGUGGUUGAAUUAUUCAUUAUGCAGUGUUAUUGGUAAGUGUAUUUUCACUUUUAGUUUAGUGAAUUCUAACACAUAAUUCUUGAAUUCUCUACUAUUGGCAUGUAACGAAUUUAAAUUUUUUAUAACAUAGUGCAAGCUGCCUAAAUAUGUAUUAUUUGAGAAUUGUGAAACAGAUAGUUAUAUGUAUACAAGUUAAAGAACAACUUAACUAUUGCUGCAACAGGUUUUUCUUAAUGGUUAUCCUCUUAAAUACACCUGCUGGUACUUGGUGUGGUUAAAUAGGAAAAUUGUUAUUAAAUAAAGAAUUUGUAUGAACCUUUGCCAAUGUUUUUGACACGUUUUACUAAUUAUUGUUCCUGAAUUAUGUUUCUGGUUUUAUCCAUUUUUUGAGGUUUUUUUGUUUGCUUAUUUUUCAAAACAUUCAUUUAUUGUAAUGUUUACUAGCGGACUAGUAAACAAUAAAACAUUGAUUAUUUAGCUUUAUAAUUCAGGUUUAGUGCUAUUGUCAUUGAACACUGGUAUUUUCUGUAUCAUAUAAAACAUUAAAAUUCAAAUAAUUAUAAGCAUUUGGCAAAAACAAGAAAAAAGAAACUUGCCAUAUUUUACAAGCUGCAAUUUUAGAAAAGCUUUAACUUAAUGAUAGUUUUAUCACUGUUUUCUUGUCCCAGACUUACCCAGGGCCAUAGAAGUAUGAAUCUAAUUGAAACAGAAAUGGGAAUUGUUGCACAGAAAUGGGAAAUAACUAAUUUUAAAUCAGUCUAAUUGGCCUCAUUAAAUAUAACAAUUCUUAUGAAAAUCAUAGUACCCUAUUUUCAGACACAGCUGCCAGUUUACACAUUUCUCAGUAUCCUGAAAGGAAAAAAGUAUAGCCCUACUUAUACUAUGUAAAAUUACCAAUAAAAUAUUUUUAUGACUACAGAUUUUGCAUUUUUGUUUACGACUAUUAAAGUGUUUUAUGUUGUAUUUAGAAUUCAACCUAGAAACCACACAGUACUUAAAUUCUCCUGGGGUCUCCUGCUUUCUCUUAACCAUUUGCUUAAUAUAUAUCUACCUAAAGGAGACUUCUGAAUUGUAAAUGAACUUAAAAAUAGAAUGUGGAUGCAAAAUAUCACAUAAGACAUCAUAAUAACAUUUGAAGAUAAAAUAAAACUGUAGACCCUAACAGUUGUGAUAUUUGGUGGUUUCAUGUGGUAAUGUAAUUUUCUGUUUAAUUACAGUACUUUUUACAGGCACAGUGGUACUGUCUUUUUUGUAAGAUGCCAGUUGUGAAAUACAAUUAAUUGCAUACAGUAAAAAUCUGUGAUUAAAACAUUUAUAUACCUCA